AUGAACGAAGAUAUAGAUUAUACCAAUCCAGAUCUAAUAGCAUUAUAUGAUUAUUUUAACGAUGACAAAAACAUUAAAGUUGGAUGGCUGAACGAUUUCAGGGAUUGGGCAGAAACAGGACAAAUAGGACAUUUAAAGAUUGAUAUUACUAAGACACAUUCUCAUGGGAUUGACUAUGAUUCUCCUGAACUCAUCAAGAUUAUUGAUUAUCUUGCCAAAGAGGAAGCUCAUUUUCCAUCAAAAAUCAUUGCAUUCAGAGUUAAAGAAAAAAGACUUAUGUAUUACACAGAAUAUGAAGGCUCAACUGGUCAAGAUGUUGGUGGUUUGUUCAGAGAUUCUUAUUUCCAUAUGGUUAACGAGCUGAUGGAUGUCAAUAUCAAAUAUUUUACCAAGCCGCCAAGAACUCUUCACUGCGAAAGGGAUAGAUUAGUUCCUGCUCUAAACUUGCCAGUCAGAAUUGCAAGCACAAUUGGAUCUCUUAUUGCUAGUGCCAUUGCAACACAAAAUCCUCACAAAGCGUGGAAUCUUCCACGUUUUAUAUGGGAGAGUUUUGUUACAGACCUUGAUAUUUCGCAUUUUGUUGACUGCGAUGAUCAAAACUAUUUCAACAAUCUCAAAAAGAUUGUUAAUUUCAUGCGAUCAGGCUUCUGGAAAGUCAUUCCUCUUGACAAAGUUCAUAACUUCUCAGGACGAUUCAUUGAGAGAUUAGCAUGCGGCUCCAAGAAAGAGCUUGAUAUUAAUUCAUUCUUGGCCUACUUCAAUCCACCAUCAAGAAAUGCCCGAGUGUGGCCUGUUUUCGUACAAGCGAUAUCUACAUUUACUUCACAAGAGCUUUCUAAAUUGAUGGGAUAUAUAACUGGCAAUGAAACUCCAAAGGAUACAAAGGACUUUUGUUUGAAGUUAGAUGAUAAAUCAACAAGCCUUCAAGAUGAAAAUCAGUUCUCGCUUCCAUUUGCUCAUACAUGUUUCAAUUUAAUCCACAUAAUGCCAUAUAAAACUGCCGAACUACUUAGAUGCAAGUUAAAAAUAUGCAUUUCGCUUCAAUCAGAAUUUGAAGAAUAA